AUGCCAGCGACGACGGAGACGAUCCACGCGUACCGCCACCUGUACCGCUCGCUCCUGCGGGCGGUGCAGUACGCCCCGCCCUGGCGGUACGUGGCGCGCGACCAGCUCCGCGCGGCGUUCCGCGACCCCGGCGCCGGGGCGCUGGACGCCGAGGGCGCCAAGCGCACCCUGUGGUUCCUGCAGGCGGCCGCGAGGGAGCGCGGGCUGGAGCACCGCGUGCUGAAGAACCUGCUGCGCGUGAGGCUGUUCAACCGGUGGGGGGGGGCGUGGAAGCAGGUGCUGCACCGGAGGGAAGGCGAGGGGGGGGAUGAGGCGUGGCGGCAUUACAGGAUGACGGUGGGGAUGUUGAAUGCGAGCAUGGGGUUGUGUCUGCGGUGA